AUGUCUGCCACCAAACUCUCCCUCGUGCUCGAAGACCAAUCCGGGCACCCGACCAAGACCCACUUCGACGACAUCUACGACAGGCUCUUCCUCCGCAUCUCCUCCUCUCCUCUCCCCGCCUCCUCUUCAUCGUCAUCCUCGUCGUCGUCGUUGUCGUCGUCCUCCUCCUCCUCGCCACCCCCACCGCCGAGCAACCCGAACGCGUUCGAGCGCACGGUCAUGAUCCACAACAUGGGCCAGCGCUGGUCCCGCCGCCGCGGGCACCUGCUGCACGUCGUGCACUGCAACCCGUCCGUCGUGAUCGCCUUCGGCGCGAACGCGACGCUCGGCACCGUCACCUUCCCGCACUCCCACCACCCCUCCCAUCAGGCGCAGACGGCGGCGAUAAUGCCGAUCUCAAAGUACCUCCGCAAGGUGUCCGUGUUUGGCAGCUCGCUGAAUCGCAAGUUUAUGGCGUCGGACGGGCAGGAGUACAGGUGGUGCCACCGCACCGUCGAAAACGUGGGCAACCACGAGUGGGCCUGCGUCGGCAUGGCGCACAACUACAUCAUCGCGCACUACGACCUCAAGCCGCCCGAACGGGAGGGAUACGGGCGGUCCGGGCACACCCUGACGAUCGAGGAGCCCUACGCCCGCAUCGCGAUCGAACUGUGGUACGAGGAUGGGACUAUCAUUCUCGUUGCUCAAGAUGUCGGAUUCAAAGUCUAUCGCAUGCUGCUGGCGCAACAUUCGUCAGUGUUCGCGGAUAUGCUCGCCAUAUCGUCACCAGAAACGAACCACGAUCUCGUCCAUGGUUGUCCCCUCGUGCAUAUGCCGGAUCCCGUCGACGACCUGCGUCUUUUUCUCCUUGCGAUUCAUGACAUCAGGGUCAACCAACGGCUAAACCACGCGUCUCACGAAGAAACUAUCUCCGUCGCGUCGUUGGCAGCCAAAUACGACAUCCCCCACCUUCGGGAUCGCGCUCUGGAACGCUUCGUCUCCUUCUACCCCACCACCCUUGAUCGCUGGACCAUCGUGCAUGAUCAGCCUUCCAGCCUUACGGCUGAGAAUCAUUACUCAGCGCUGCGAUUAGCCCGCAAGCUCGAUCUGGCCUCGACCUUCCCGGUUAUCAUGCUCGCGAUCUGUGACCACGGCAUCCGUGGCAUACUGUCGUGUGCGCCGGAACCUGAAGACCUGUCGACUCUUCUUCUCGGAUUCUCAAAGCUACAGAACAUGCAGAGGGCGUACGUCUACCGAUGGCUUUAUCGUCUGUCGUCAGGAUGCACGUCACCCGGGGAGUGCAGCGCCGACAAGGGGUGGAUGUUGAGUGCGUUGGAGUACACGUUCCAGACCGACACGCAUUACGCGCUCGGGAAGGGUUACUCGGAAGACCAUUUGGCAGAGCUCGGCAUAUGCGGACAGUGCCUCGGAGACGCGAUUGUGGCGCAGAAACACGGACGCCAGCAUGCAUGGGAGGAGUUGCCUAGUAUCUUCGGUUUGCCGACUUGGGCUGAACUACUGAAUGACAGCGGCGGCGACUCAGAUUCUGAGUAA